AGAUAAAAACGUACCCCGUAGUUUUUGUUUAAUUUCUGCAUUACUAUUGAAUUUUACGUUUCAAUGAACUAAACCAACGUAUAAAUUUCGUCCAUAAUGGCUGAGGCUGUGCAAACUAAUAAUAAUGAUAACAAAACCGAAAAUAACCACAAAGAGAUAUUUCCUGAUGAAGUUAUAACUAAACUGACUACUGGGUUUACUGGGAUUUUCAAACCUCCAUUAGAACAAACCAAACACAAUCUUGGAGAAUUAUUAGAGAAGCAAGAGGUGUUGCUGGAACAACUACAUGAUGAAAAUCUAAAAGUGUCAUGGACGCAAAACUCAGUUGAACUGCAGAAAAUGUUUGACAUCAUCAGCACUUAUCACAACAAACUAGUAAAUAUCAAAAAUAUGAGAAUGCUGCAUGACAAAAAUAUAAAGUUAAAGAAGAGAGCUCUCAGGCUUCAGCAACACAAAGAGAAACUUGAUCACUUGCAAAAUCAACAGAAAGAGAUUGAUUUAAAGAGAGAACAAGAACUUAUUGGUAAAAGUAGCAGCAAACCAAGUUGAACUCUAUUAAUAUUGAUACAAUAUAAAUUGUUUACUUAUAUUCUGGUUAAUAAUGGCACAUUUUUGACACAUUGUGGUGAUUGUUAUGCAAUAAAAAAACUUUAUAAAUUUG